UCCUUCCUCCGAGUGGGUACUGGGCCUCCGCCUCCUGCUCUCGUUCCUCGUUCAUGCAGAGGACGAGCGCGGCCCCCCCUCCCUUCCAUCGGUCUGUUAUCUACCUUUAGAGUGUCAGGAAGACAUCCUAUUCCACUCCUGGAGCAAAAGAACUGAGAAGCCAUGGCAGUGUCUUCGGAGACCACAGCGCGGUCUUUCAUCGUUGUCUUCCUCCUCGCCGUCCUGGCCGCCACCUGCGAGGCUCGCCAGGCCAACAGCGGUGGAGGGGUGACCUACGAUGGCCGCUCUCUGAUCAUAAAUGGGAAGCGAGAGUUGCUCUUCUCGGGGUCCGUCCAUUAUCCUCGAAGCACACCUGAGAUGUGGCCAGAUAUCAUCAAGAAGUCCAAGGAAGGAGGGCUGAAUGUGAUCCAAACUUACGUCUUCUGGAACGGUCACGAGCCUCAAUAUGGAAAGUUCAACUAUGAAGGGAGAUACGACUUGGUCAAGUUCAUCAAGCUGGUGCAGAAGCAAGGGAUGUACGUGACCCUUCGGCUCGGUCCCUUCAUUCAAGCGGAAUGGAACCAUGGAGGGUUGCCGUAUUGGCUCAGGGAAGUCGCCAACAUCACCUUCCGGACGGACAAUAAACCCUUCAAGGACCAUAUGAAAAGGUUCGCGACGAUGAUCGUGAAGAAGAUGAAGGAUGAGAAACUGUUCGCCUCUCAAGGAGGUCCCAUCAUUCUAGCACAGAUCGAGAACGAGUACAACAACGUGGCACGAGCGUUCGAGGGCGGCGCAAGAUACAUCAAGUGGGCAGGCAACAUGGCUGUCGGCCUCGACACCGGAGUGCCGUGGGUGAUGUGCAAACAGAAUGAUCCUCCUGGUAAAGUGAUCAACGCAUGCAAUGGAAGGAACUGUGGAGAUACAUUUCAAGGCCCAGACGAUCGGACGAAGCCUUCCCUUUGGACCGAGAACUGGACAGCUCAGUACAGGGUAUUCGGAGAUCCACCAUCUCAAAGAUCAGCAGAGGACAUCGCGUACUCUGUGGCACGCUUCUUCUCAAAGAACGGAACACUGGUGAACUACUACAUGUACCACGGAGGAACUAAUUUUGGGAGGACAGGAGCUGCUUUCGUGAUGACGAGAUACUACGAUGAAGCCCCUCUGGAUGAAUACGGUAUGACGCCGGGAGCUUUCGCCAUAGUCUCUUCUAUCUUCAUCUUAACUCAUGACGUUGAUUCAGGUUUGCCGAAGGAGCCCAAAUGGGGUCAUCUCAGGGACUUGCACUAUGCAUUGAAGUUGUGCAGCAAGGCUCUUCUAAAGGGAUCUCCUUCCGUCCAAAGCUUCGGCUCGGGUUUUGAGGCUAGACUGUAUGAGAUACCCGAAGACAACGUGUGCGUGGCUUUCCUAACCAACACCAACGCACGAAGAGAUGGGACCGUAAAGUUCAGAGGUACGGAGUACUUCCUCCCUCGCCGCUCCAUCAGCAUCCUCCCUGACUGCAAGACUGUGGUGUACAAUAAUCAGAUGGUUAACUCUCAGCACAAUGCGAGAACAUUCAAUCCAGCAAAGGACGAUAGCAAGAACAACAAGUGGCAGAUGUACGUGGAGCAGCCACCAAGCGUACGGGACACCUCCAUUAAAGCCAAAGGGCCUCAGGAACUAGUCAACAUGACCAAAGAUACUACGGAUUACCUUUGGUACGCGACGAGCUUCAACUUGGAGAAAGACGAUCUAUCGAUGCGACAUGACAUCCGGCCUGUGCUCCAAGUCUCGCACCUUGGCCAUGCAAUGCAUGCCUUUGUGAACGGCAAAUACAUAGGAUCUGGACAUGGAACCAAAAUCGAGAAAAGUUUUGUCUUCCAGAAGCCGAUGGAUCUGCAGGCAGGAACCAAUGACGUAGCUAUCUUGGGGAUGACAGUGGGAUUGCCGGAUAGUGGAGCGUACUUGGAACACAGACUCUCCGGGGUUCAUACCGUCGUCGUCCAAGGUCUCAACGCAGGGUCGUUAGAUUUGUCGCAGAACGUGUGGGGGCACAAGGUUGCAUUGGAAGGAGAGAGGAAGGCUAUCUACGACGAGAAGAAAGUGGAUUCCUUUAAGUGGGAGGACGCGAAGAGUGACUCUCCGAUCACAUGGUACAAGAGAUACUUUGAUGCUCCGAACGGAAAGGACCCUGUUGCUGUGGACUUGAAGUCCAUGGGGAAAGGACAGGUGUGGGUCAAUGGCGAAAGCAUCGGUCGCUACUGGGUCUCCUACCUUAGCCCUCUCGGGAAGCCUUCUCAAUCGAUCUAUCACGUGCCGCGAUCCUUCUUGAAGUCAAAGGACAAUCUCAUGGUCGUCUUCGAGGAGCGCGGAGGGAAGCCGGAGGACAUACUGAUCAUGACGGUGAAGAGGGACAACAUCUGCAGCUUCGUCUCGGAGUCCAACCCUCCGCAAGUCAGGUCAUGGGCCAUCAAGAACAGCCAGAUCCAGAGCGUCGUCAACGACUUGAAGCCAGACGCCACCUUGACGUGCACGGGGGAUAAGGUGAUCCGCUCCAUCGUCUUCGCAAGCUUCGGUAACCCCAGCGGGAUCUGCGGCAACUUCACCGUAGGGAGUUGCCAUGCGCGACAGGCCAAGAGUGUGGUGGAGCAGGCCUGCUUGGGGAAGGCCAGCUGCGUGUUGCCGGUGUCGGCGGCGACCUACGGCGCGGACGCGGGAUGUGAGGGGACGACAGCCACUCUCGCAGUCCAAGCCAAGUGUGCCCGGGCGAGCCAAAAGGAUUGAGCUGAUGCCGUUUCUUGCACUACUAUUGUUCGGCAACUACGCGACCGGCUGUAAUUAUCGAGGAAGGGAUCGAAUACGAUCUCGUCUUGAGCACUCUGUCACAAUAAUAGAUAAUGGAUCUGAUGAUUACUCUUCACUCCAUCAUUUUCUUGAGAUGAAUCCUUCCUUCAUUGAUCUCAAUAAAACCCUUCCUGCUUAGCCAAA